AAUACAAACCAACAUUUAGCAGUGGUCAUGUACUUUUGUCUGUCUCCGGUUGAGGAAGCUUUUUUGUUGUUGGUGUUGAUCGUCAUCUUUAUCAGUUCAUUGGGUUCACCAGCAACCAUGUAGAUCUUCACUUCUCCUUAAGAAUUCAGAGAGAGUGAGAGAGAGUGAGAGAGAGAGAGAGAGGACAUAGAGAGAGAGAAUGGAAUUUGACGAGCACGAAGAGCAAGACGAGGAGAUGGAGUUGCAGGCGGCGCCACCAGGUUACGCCUCUGUUGCGGCUAGUUCCAGGCCCAAAUUGGGGCCCACCGGCGAGGGGGCUGCCUCCAUCGUUCGAAAAAGGGGAACCGCCGCAACACCCAACUCCACCACGACCACCACUGCCGUAUCCACCAUGGUCAGGUACAGAGAGUGCCUCAAGAACCACGCCAUCGGCAUCGGCGGCCACGCCCUCGACGGCUGCGGGGAGUUUCUCGCUGCGGGAGACGAGGGCACCCUCGAUGCCUUAAAAUGCGCCGCCUGCAAUUGCCACCGCAACUUCCACCGCAAGGAGCCCGAGGCCGAGUUAAUUCAUCACCAACAGGGUGCCGGUGGGUCCCACCACCUUCACCACCACCACCAUCCGCACCAAUUCUCCUCGGGCUACUAUCGCCCACCGCCGCCACCUUCUGGCUAUCUGAUCACCUCGCCGCAUGCAAGGCCGACACUGGCCUUGCCUGCUGCAUCAGGCGGCGGCGGAGGGUCUCAUAGUAGGGAAGAGGAAGAGGACGUGUCGAAUCCGAGUUCGAGCGGCGGUGGAGGCGGAGGAGGAUUCGGGAUGAGCAAGAAGAGACACCGGACAAAGUUCACGCAGGAGCAGAAGGAGAAGAUGCUGGAGUUCGCGGAGAAAGUUGGGUGGAGAAUUCAGAAACAUGAAGAAGCAGCGAUUGAGGAGUUUUGCGAAGAGACCGGAGUGAAGCGCCAUGUGUUCAAGGUUUGGAUGCACAACAACAAGCACACUCUUGUAAUUUUGGCUCAACCUUCAUACUGCAUUAAUCUCUGGACGCUUCCAGCUGAAAACUGAAAGAAGCUGAUAAAAUUUCACCGAUUUCUGAGCUUACCGGACACAUGUGAUCUCAUGCAUUGGAUUUGUUUUAUUAUCUCUAUUUUCAUUUUUGACAAAAGAAAAAGGAAUUUCUUUUGUUGCUUUUGUAAUUUCGAAAAUUAAUUAAAUGCAUGUAACGGCAACAUGACAUAGUACAGUGCGACGUGGUGUUAUAAGUCUACAUUACUAGAACAUGUUUAGUUGACCACCUUUUUG